GGAGGAGGCAGAAGGUUUUAUUUCACUGCUGAAGUUGAUGAUGGCUGCUCAGGCAACAGAUCGAUCACGGCGGGGUGUACAGCACACACUCCACAUCAGUCAGAGGAGAAGCUGGAAGUUGAGGUUGAGAAGAGAACUUCAGGAACAAUAUGAGGAACUCAUCACACUGUUCUGAUCUUUAAAGUUCUUCUGAAAAUCAUUUCUUCUUUCCAUCAUGUAGAUUUCAUUAUUUUUUCUUUUUUUAAGUGCAAUUGAAAUGAGUAAUGUCAAAUCAUGAUGAUGAUGAUGAGGAGGAUGAUGAUGAUUUAUCUCUGGAGUCUGAUCUGUUUGUCUUCAGGAUGAACUCAGAAGCCCAGACUCACGUCUUCAUCUGAUAGCGUUAAUAAAACCACAAGAGAUGUGAAUGUGUGUGUGUGUGUGUGUGUGUGUGUGUGUGUCGUCACGCCGGGGAAUUAGAGAAGAGAGGAGGAGGAGGAGGAGAGGAAGAGGAGAGAGUGUGUGUCGUCACUCUGGGGGAUUAGAGAAGAUUAAUAACAGCAGACAGAUAAACACUCCAGACUCCUGCAGGAUAAUGGAGCUAACAGGACUCGUUUGCCUCGCUGGACUUGUCUCUGUCCUGUGUGUGGUGUCUGGCUCUGAGGGAGGUGACCGAUGCGAGUGUCCAGCAGCCACCAUCAUGCAUCACUUUCCUUCCCGUAUCUCCAACCAGACGUGUUGUCUGAACUUCACUGGAUCUUCAUUUCCACAUUUCUCAUGGGCCACAUUAAGGUUCAGGCCCAACCUUCAGAUCCUGGAUCUGUCCUCCUGUAACGUGACACAUCUCCACGACACGGCUGCAGGGUCCACUCCUGCUUCUCUCCGAGAGAUUUAUUUAAAUCAGAACCAGCUCCGGGUCCUUCCUCCAGAUUUCCUUGUUGAUGCAAUCAGCUUGGAGGCGCUGGAUUUGGGGCAGAACCUUCUGGAGGAACUUCCUGUCCAUUUCCUAAAGAAUGCUGAAAAUCUGCAAGUUCUGAUUCUUAGUGGAAAUCGUUUGGAAUCAAUUCCUGCCUCCGUCCUGAAACUUCCUCUACAGCAGAUGGACUUAUGGGGGAAUCUCUGGACAUGCUCUUGCUCGUUCAUGGAGGUUCUUCACUCUGCUGAUCAGGGCAACUCCAGCAGGCUGCAGGACAUGGUAGCUAACCUGACAUGUUCCUCUCCGGAGAAGCUUUCAGGCAGGACGCUUUGGUCAGUCCACGUCGAUGAGGUUUGUCGUCUUUCAGGCCUGAACGCUCUCUUCAUCCUGCUUCCGCUCCUACUCCUCGUCCUGCUGACCCUCUGCUGGUGUUGCGGGAGGAAGGAGGAGAAGAAAGACUCGACCAAAUUUGGGACGGUGCAUAUGAAGAAUGAAGAUUUAAGCAAAGAGAGCACAAAGGACAACAUGCUGAAGAACCAACUGAUGUUCAGACCCUCCUCAGCUCUUCUGGGCAGCACGAGGGACAUCUACGAGGAAGUGGAGGUCAAACUGGGGUCAGUGGACUCUCUGGAAACUCCACCUUCCACCUCAUCUGGUAGAGAGGAGAACCAGGAACUGGACAGUAAGCAGGAUCUAGAGACGGUGAGUGUGAGCAAGGUGAUGAGGGACUCGGCAGAUCGAGAGAAGGCAUACAUGAUUCAGUCCACUAAAUACUACAGCCUGGUCCCAGGGCUGGAAAUGGACGACUCGGACCAUGGCGAAUACGAGACUGUGGAUCUGUCAUGAAGCUUCGUUUUCACCUCCGAGCUAUUCCGGUCUCGUUACGUAACCUGGAGUAAUUAUGCAGCAGUUAUGGAGGUUUCAGGGUUACUGAGGAGAUGAAGCACUUGGAGAUGUGAGAUCAACACCAGAGAAUAAAUUCCAGGCUUUCAAACACAAACCUGGUCCAUGAGUCGAGUCUGAAUCAGAAUCAAGUGAAGUUCAUUCUUUUGAUUCAUUUGUUAUGGGGUGUGGUUUCACACAGAGCUAUCAAAGAAGAGAACGUCUUCAUGAAGCACUUUCAUUCACGAGUUCUAAUGAGUCACAAAUCCAGCAAAGAUAGAAAAGAAUCAAACUUCUUAUGAUUAAAGAAAUAUGUCAAUAACUUGUUUAAAACUUUCCUGUGUCACCUCCAGAAUUUAUUUUGUCUUUCUGGUUUUAAAAUCUGCAGAACACACGAUAGCUCAGUGCUACAGCUCCAUCCUUAUCGAGGUGAGCAACUUGAGGAGCCUGGUGAUGAAGGGUUCUAGCACGCAGGUGUGUAGUGACCUUGCUGUGUUUAAUGAGACAUUGGACACAUGAGAUGUGAGGAAUGUGGAUUAAACAUCUUAACUCGCAGGUGCUUUGUGUUCAGCCUCACACAGGGAUAAUUACAGAACCUGAUACAGAACCUGAUACAGAACAGAGAAGUUCUUCAUCAGGGUAUUUCAUCAGCAACAGACUACUCCAUCUUCAUCUACAUCAUCAUCAUCAUCAUCACGGUUCUAGAUCCCAUAAUUCAUCCUACAGAACAGGGACGUUACUCCUGACUGAAUUAAUAUGGAUAAAGAUAACAUAUAUAGAGAGAACCUUGAAACUGGUUCUUUAUGUGUUCUUUAGUGUUCCAUGUAGAAUCUCUCAGGUAACCAGUGACUUCUUAACGAACCCUGGUUCCUAAGAGUCUAGCUUUCUAAGGAGAUUCUGGAACCUUUAGCAUUUCUUCUCUUGUCCUUGGUUCCUGCAUGCCUCAGAGCAGAACCUCUUUUGUGGAUAAGUGAAUGUUCUUUUGUUUUUCUGAAUUACUUUUAAGGAAGCCUUAAUUCUGCUGGAGGAACCAGCAGAAUUCUGCUGUUGGGUUUUAGAGAACCUUUCAGGGUUCUAGAUUUGGUGAGAGAGUAAUGAAGGACUGUUGGAGUUACAAACAGUUGUGUUACAGAAUGAAGUCUUUAAUAAAAAAGGAAAUGAAUUAUUCCUGAGUUCUGGGUUUUGUAGAAGCGUGAUGAACUGGAGGUGCUCGGACUGGACACUGAACACUGGACAGAACCUGUGGGGGUUUAACUGGACUGUGUUUUUAUCACUGCUCUAGUAUCCUGUCCAGACAGGAGAAUAUCACAACCAUGAAAUUAUAGAUGAGGUAGCUAACACACUGCUAGCAAAAAGAGCUAAUUGGUGGUUAGCAUAUGAGAUUAGCACACACACACACACACACACAUUGAGUGAUGACAGAUGAAUGGAGUGGA